AUGAGUUCCUCCACCAUUCUCGAAGAUGAGCUCGACGAAAAACAUCUCUCAGCUCCCAGGCCAGAUCUGGUGCGGACGCAGUCGAACCUGGAGAAAGCCAUCGACGCAGAAGCGAACAUCAAUGUGUCCUUUGCUCCUGAAGAUGCGGCGGUCUCGGGCGCCGCCAAUGACGACCCGGGUCCUCCCCCGAACGGCGGCUUCCGUGCAUGGCUCCAAGUCGUGGGCUCUUUCUUCUUGUUCUUCAACUGCUGGGGCACUAUCAAUGCGUUUGGUGUUUUCCAAACCUACUAUGAGACCAACCCGCUGUGGCACGAAUCGCCAAGCAACAUCUCCUGGAUCGGCUCCAUUCAAGCCUUCCUCUUGCUACUUGUCGGACUCAUCUCAGGCCCCGCCUACGACAAUGGCUACUUCCGCUACCUGAUUGUCGUGGGAGCGAUCCUCAUCCCCUUCGGAUUCAUGAUGACGUCCCUGGCGACCGAGUACUGGCAGACCAUGCUCGCGCAAGCAUUCUGCAUCGGCAUAGGCAACGGCUGUAUUUUCGUCCCCUCCGUCGCCAUCCUGCCAGGGUACUUCUCGACGAGAAAAGCGCUGGCCAAUGGCCUCGCAGCUUCGGGCUCCAGCUUUGGCGGCCUCAUCUACCCGAUCGUGUUUCGCCGCAUGCAGCAGGAAGUGGGGUUUGCCUGGGCGACCCGGACACUGGGCUUCAUCUCGUUCGCAACCGUCUGGUUCUCGGUUUUUGUCAUGAAGCCCCGAACCAUGCCCAAACAGCGCCGCCCGCUGACUGAUCUUGCGGCAUUCAAGGAGCUUCCGUACACGCUGUUCUGCGCCUCGAUGGUGUUCGGAUUCAUCGGCCUCUACGGCCCGCUCUACUACAUCGGCCCGUACGCGAUUCAGGAAGGCAUCACCGGCGAGGACCUCGGCUUUUACUUACUUCCGAUCAUCAACGCGGCCAGCAUCUUCGGACGCAUCAUCCCCAACUUCAUCGCCGACAUGAUUGGCCCGCUGAACGUGCUGUUCCCCUGCGCCACCAUCGCUGCCAUUCUCGCGCUCGCGUGGAUCGGCAUCAACAACCUAGGCGGCAUCAUCACAUUUGCCCUGAUCUACGGCUUCUUCUCUGGCGGUUUUGUCUCGUUGCCACCCGUCGCCAUCGUCACUUUGACCAGUGACAUGAGCAAGAUCGGGACGCGCAUGGGUCAAUGCUUCUUCCUCAGCGCGUUUGGGCUACUCAUGGGGACUCCCGUUUCUGGCGCCAUCCUCUCAAACACAGGUGGCUGGGUGGGUGUGCAGCUCUGGAGUGGAGCGGCCAUCAUGGUCACGGGCCUGCUCCUCCUGUGGGCUCGCGUCACUGUUGUGGGCUGGAAUCCGUUAAGAAGGGCGUGA